ACAAGAGUUACCAUGGCAACUGUACCCUAACGUAACGUAACAUCCGUUGAUUUAAACCUUUCAGGUACCGCCGUCGUAUUUCUGGGGAUGGAAGAGACGUUAUGUGAAAGUAUAGAAAACUCUGUUUUCUAGGCGGAUACAGGCAGCUAGUUAAAAAGAAUUACGACUGUUUCCAGAAAGAAUAUGGAGUUUGAAACGACGGAGACUGUUCGCUCGGCACCGAGUCGUCAUGAGAAAAGUUUGGGGCUCCUGACGAUGAAGUUUGUCGGUCUUCUUCAAGAGGCGGAGGAUGGCGUCCUUGAUUUGAAAGUGGCUGCAGACAGCUUGGCAGUGAAGCAGAAGAGGAGGAUAUACGACAUCACCAAUGUGCUGGAAGGAGUGGGGUUGAUUGAAAAGAAAAAUAAGAACAUAAUCCAAUGGAGGGGGAAGAACUCAGGCAGCCAAACUCAGGAUGUGCUGGAGCAGGUGAAGACUUUGAAGGCCCAAGUUUCUGAGCUGGAGGCCCAAGAGAAAGAGCUUGACAACCAGAAGACAUGGCUAGAGGAGAAUAUCAAACAACUUAACCAUGAUCCUGUCACCAGCACUUAUAAAUUUGUGACACAUGAAGACAUCUGCAGUGCCUUCAGUGGAGAUACUCUGCUUGCCGUAGUGGCUCCUGCUGGGACUCAGCUGGAGGUGCCCCUGCCUGAAAUGGGUCAGAGGGGUCAGAAAAAGUACCAGGUGAACCUUCGCAGCCACUCAGCUCCCAUCCAGGUCAUGCUCAUCAACAGAGAUUCAGACUCUUUAGUGCCAGUGGUCUUCUGUGUGCCCCCCACUGAUGACAUUUGUCAAAUGCCAACUCCACCCAGUACCCCCGCCAGCCUUCAGAGGUUCCCUCUGUCCUCGUCACAGUACUCUACCUCUAACACUACCUCCUCCUUCUGCAGCCAGGACUCUCUGUGCUCUGACCACCAGAUGGUGCUGCCAGAAAACGAACAAGUGUUGACGCCCUCUUCCAGCCCUCCUGAUCUACAAAUGGAGUGUCACAGUCAGUCAGCAGCCGUGUUGGAGCAGCCACAAAUGGACCUGUCAGACCCAGACUUCCAGUCUGAGCUGGAAGUGAGCAGUCUGCUGAAACUAAACUCUGGUGGAGAUCACAUGAAGGACGACAGAGAAGAAGCUGUUGACCUGAUCGAUGAGCUCAUGUCUACUGAUGGUUUGUACUACAGCUUCAACCUGGACGACAAUGAGGGAGUGAGUGACCUUUUCGAUGUGCAGAUUCUCAAUUACUGAUGUCAGACAGAGCCUGUGCUGUAUGCUGGUACAAUCUUUGGAAGCUUCAAACAUACCCUCUGCCUUUUUUGUUUAGCUCACUCACAGAUGGUAAGUUACUAUCAUCUCUAAAAAAUGAACCCUCCACACAUAUUGGACUCCUCUGCUAUCUGCCAGACAGCUUAAUUUUCCUGUAUGGGCCUUUUGCCCUCAGCCGAAAAAAAAAAAAAAAGUACAAGUGCCUCAAAUAAGAAGAUAUUUAAGCAGCUAAGAUCCCUUUUUCUUUGUUGUUUUUAAUGGUCACUGGAUGAUAAUCUACAUUGUUUUGGAAAAAUGAGAUGCCUAGGUGGAAAACAGCUAGCACAAACAUUCGACAGAGUCCUACUUUGAUUUUGCAUGCACAAAUCUGGGAAUUGUUUAGCAUGUGGUGGAAAACCUGAGACUUUAACUGUUUCACGUUCUGUAGUUAUUGAACAGCUCCUGACUGUUGAAGUUGUAAUCAACAAUAAUUCAUAACAUGUACAAGGCUUUGUGCAAAGAUCUCUGUCUUUACACAGAAAGUGCACUGGGAAGAGACUUAAACAAUUUCAUAGUUAUAUUUUAUAAAAGCUGUAUUUAAAAGUGAAUUUAUUUUGGUUACAUUUUGUAAACAUGUUCUCAUGGGAAAUGCUGAAAAGGUUUUUUUUCCUAAAUUAUUGUGGCACUGCCAUUUCUGGCCUUGUUGAUUUUUUUGUUUGUUUUGUUUUAAAAUUGUAUCUUAUAUUAUAGUUAAAUAUUGAGUAACAAUUUUCACUUAAUUUAAGAAAAUAAUUCUUGGUUCUGGUUAGUUUAAACUGAUGCUGGUUGACUGCCUUAAAUUAUCUGAAAAUAGAACUAGCAAUAUUUUUUGAUCUGAAAAAUCAGAUGUUUAGAGCCAUAAGUGGCGUUUUUGUAUAUUUAUUGUAUUUGAAACAAGAUUUUUUUUUACGUUGCAUUUUGUUUAUUUGCAAAUUUCUCAAUUUAAGAUUUUCAAUAAAAAAAGAUUACUGAUUAAUGAUCAUAGUUCAGAGAUGUUUCUUAAAGGGAGGGGGAACAGAGUUUAAUAUGCACUCAGCCUCAUUGUGCAGGACAUCUUGUUUUGAGUUAUUAAAGUUGUUUAAAACCAUUUAGUGGUCUUGGUUAACCACAAAAUAUUUAACAGCUUGUGCUAUUUUUUUUUUGUUUUUGGCUGACUGAGAUGUUUUCAUCUAACAGAUGGAAAACUUCAGUUAGUUGGCCUCCACAUCAAACUUCUCAUGUUUCACAUCCUGACCUGCAGCAGCAUUGAUAAAUAACUUGAUUUUUACCAGCUGGGAUACAGGAAGACAAAAAAAUGCUUUUUUUUUGUUUUGUUUUAAAUCCAAGAGCACCAUACCAAGAUAGGAAUUUGUAACAUGCAGUGAAGACUCCAUGUGUUUACUUUUUUGUUUGAUUAACAUCACAAAUGACAGAAACAUAAACCAUGUGUAAUAGUGGGUCUGAAACUAAUGGAUCCAGUGCCUCAGUGUUUAUGGUUGACAUUACAUUUCUGGAAGGACUGGAUAAUAAAACAGACCUUCUCACAAAAGGUAAAACUGGCUUGAAAACAGUCUGAAUGACUGGGACAGCUUUAUUUCAGUCAGUUAUUGUACAUGAAUUACAUGGUGUCACCCAAGGCUCCUUUCUUAGGCUUCUCCUG